UAAAUUUGUUUUGAUAUGGGUGUGGGCGAAAUGAGGACAGGCCGACUGGAGGCACACCACGAGGUCGGUGAUGCAUUGCAAUACCUUUGUUCAACCGUUUCUGUUUACACGUUAUCACGGGGAGUAUCAGGCGAGGCUGCAACCGCAUAUGCAUCCGGAUUAUGCGUCUAGUAGUGCCACCGUGAAUACUUAUAGGGUAUACACUGCGUGGAUACAUGACACUAACAGGAUCUACUCUCAUAACAUCUUUCAAAGCAGGUGCAGGACACAAAGAUGGGGAUGUCAAAAUACCUGCGGAAAACAGGUGUGCGAUUUUUUAUAAAACCCUUUCUGCUCCUUAUGACUCUGUUCGCCUUUUACGUCUCUCUGCGAUCUCAAAUCACAUCACAGAUUUCUAGCGAGGUCGAACGGUUGAGAGCUCAAGUAAUUUCAAUCCAAACGAAAAAUGGAGAACAAUUGCACAUUCCAGACACAGUUGAAUCAGAGGAGGUCGAUUCACUUCCAAACAUCCAACAUGGAACAGGGACGCAGGGGAACCACCUUGAGAAAACGUUGGUCAAUAUAUAUAAAUCAAAGUUGAAAGAUAUUAAAGUCCCGCCGUCGACAGCUAAGCUCUCCUGUGAUGAUGAAGAGAGCAUUGACAGGCCCUGUGUAGACACGAGGUGCAAAGCUGAUUUUCUUCAACCUCAGGAAGAGAACUUGGUGGACGUGUUGCGCCGACAGUACCCCAUUCCAGAGAAGUACAUGCGCGUUAUAGAGAAGAUGGUGGACCCGAGACGAGACAAGACCAGAAUCUCGUUUGUCACUGCAGCCUCGGCCAACCACUUCUACGAGUGCCAGGUUUUGAUGAAGAACUUGAUCGAGAAUGUCUUUCCGAGUUUAUCACAGUUCCGAUUUUAUGUCUACGACCUGGGAUUAACGCCUGAGCAAGUUUCAACGCUCAAGAAACACUGCCCUGUGUGUAUUCUCCGGAAAUUCCCGUUCAGCCAACUACCCCCCGUGUUCAGCAACCUCAAGUCUUACACCUGGAAACCCACUAUAAUACAGGCUCAUCUCCCGGUAUCGAAGUAUGUAUUUUGGAUGGACGCGUCAGUAAGGUUCCUCGUGCGUAAUCUCACGGGAAUACUCGAGACUGUACGAAACCGAGGCAUGAUGAUCUCGCCAUCUCACGUGUCCACGCCGCUGCACACAGACCCAAAAAUGUAUGACUAUUUCGGCGUUGAGCCGUGCCAGAUGUCACGAUUCCGAGAAAUGGAAGGCACAUUUUUGAUAUUCCACAAUGAUGUGUUUACCCAGAAUGCAAUAGUACUUCCUUGGUUGGCGUGCGCAUUCGCACCCAACUGCAUGUACCCCUUCAAAGAAAUACCCGCAUCUUCAAGCCACUAUUCCUGCAAAACGACUCAGAGAAAAUAUGGGACAUGUCACAGAUUUGACCAAGCUGCGCUUAGCACUAUUUUGAUCAAAGUAUUCGCCGAUGAUAUUGGAUAUGUUAUGUUAAAGAAGAACACUAUCAAUGUGAACAAACGCGGGGAAAAGAUUAAGUUUUUCCCAGAAGACAAAUAACAAACGACGACAAAAAUAGUCUGAUACCAGAAUUUGUAAAUAAUACCAGAAAAUGUAAAUAAUGUUCCAAAUGUGAAUAUUUAUUUACCAUUCUAAUAUAAUUUCACAAUUAUAUGAAUUUAAAGUCUGCAAUGAUCUUACACGAGCAGCUACGUUUGUGCAAUGUGCAACUUCACAACUUCAUAAUAUGUUUGUGUUAUUACCGGUUAAGAUCAAACUGUUUUGAAUUUCAUAGAUGACAACAUAUACAACGUGGCUCAUUAAUUGAUUGAUAUUCACAUCACAUUAUGUCUGAGUAAUGUUAAAUAAUUAUGGUAACCCGGAUCUUCGGCGUGACGAUUCCGAAAAGAGGGGUUUCGGUUAGCAAACACGUGUCUGUCAAACAUUGUAAAUAUUCCUGUAAAUAUAGUACAUUUAUAUGUGUCAUGUAUAUAAUUUUCACAACAGCCUUGUAUAUAUUUCAUUUUCCAAAGAAAUGUUAUUUUUCUAUUUUUGUAUCAAUGGAUUAAAAAAUACCCAUCAUG